AUGCUCCCUUCUACAACACCUCGAGCAGUUAUAGCACUUCUUGCACCGUGUCAACACACACUCGGCCAACAGAACCGUCGAGUAUACAGUAUAGCACAUCAAGCAAAGAGAUUACUGCUAGUUCCACAACAGCACAGUUGUUUAUCCCACAACCACUACAACGUCGUCUUCCAUCAUAACAUCGGUGGUGACGAUUUCUCACUCAACAAGCACCACUACCACGAUCAAUACACCUUCAACAACCACCUCGAUCAUCACCUAUUCAAGCACCACCACCACGAGCAUUACGCCUUCAUCGACUACCCCGAUCAUUACAUAUCCAAGCACCACUUACACUACACAAACGGUCAUCGAAGAAUGUCCAACAACAUGCAGCAUGGGCUAUGUAGUACAUCACCCUCGGUGUAUAUGCUCGUUGACGUGAUCUACGGCACCAAUUCCCUGGGGGUCGUCGGUCCGUCUGCAACUUCGAAAAUAUUUCCUCUCGACCUCGACGAAGUUUCCACAAUCGUCGGGGGAACGGCGACGGAGCAGCUCUCAUUGAGCGAUCUGGGCACCGACUGUCCCCAGACCGCUGCCCCUUCGGUCAUUGCGACGUUGAGCGACUCUCGAUGCGAUCCCAUUCUCGCGGCGCCCGAUGAAGUGAAAUCCUGGGCGUGGCCAUGCAACGCCUGUGGCAGAUUUGGUCUCUUUGACCCCCCGUACGCCAUUCCCACCUUGACCGGAGGUCUGAUUGAGACAACGGCAACGACGACCGCGACAGCUGCCACAUCAGCAGCGACUGGCGCCACUCCUACAGCCGUGACCACCACCCAAGUAGUUGUGACGCCGGUCACGACGACGACUUCGGCAGUUGAAGCAGCAGAUACCACGUCAGAAGUCAUCUCUCUCGGCCCCAGCGGCAUUGUGAUUAUUGCUUACUAUAGCGGCACGGCGUUGACAACCACUAUACCGACCGCUGCUUCGACGGUCGUCUACGAUGGCCAGACUCUCACGCUCGGCGGCGAUGCUAAGACCUUGACCACAAUUGAUGCCAGCAUUACAGCAUCAACGGCAUCAACGGUCACAACUUCUGAAUCUGGGGCAUCCUCGUCGACCGACAAUGAUCCAACGACAACCUCGACUCCUUCCGCGGUAGCUACAGCAGACGCGCCCCGGGCUUUGCAGCCUGUGCUCGUUUAUACAUGUUCAUUCAUAAGCAUGUUGAUUUCGAUGGAAAUUUUGUUAUGA